GAGCCAGCGAGAGGGCGAGCGGCGCUACCUGCUGCCUGCAGCCUGGGCCGGCCGGCGAGCCAGUGCGCGUGCGCGGCGGCGGCCUCCCCUGCGACCGGAGAAGACGAGCGGGCGAGCUAGCGGAGCGGGGCGCGAGGCGAGGCAGGGCUCAGCGACAUGGGGGACCGCGAGCAGCUCCUUCAGCGGGCGCGGCUGGCCGAGCAGGCGGAGCGCUACGACGACAUGGCCUCCGCCAUGAAGGCGGUGACCGAGCUCAACGAACCUCUCUCCAAUGAAGACCGAAACCUCCUCUCUGUGGCCUACAAGAAUGUGGUCGGUGCCCGGCGGUCUUCCUGGAGGGUCAUCAGCAGCAUCGAGCAGAAAACCACGGCUGACGGGAAUGAGAAGAAGCUGGAGAAGGUUAAGGCUUACCGGGAGAAGAUCGAGAAGGAGCUGGAAACAGUGUGCAAUGACGUGCUGGCCCUGCUGGACAAGUUCCUCAUCAAGAACUGCAAUGACUUCCAGUAUGAGAGCAAGGUCUUCUACUUGAAGAUGAAGGGCGACUACUACCGCUACCUGGCAGAGGUGGCUUCUGGCGAGAAGAAAAACAGUGUGGUCGAAGCUUCAGAGGCAGCCUACAAGGAAGCCUUCGAAAUCAGCAAGGAGCACAUGCAGCCAACACACCCCAUCCGGCUGGGCCUGGCCCUCAACUUCUCCGUGUUCUACUACGAGAUCCAGAAUGCGCCCGAGCAGGCCUGCCUCUUAGCCAAACAAGCCUUUGAUGACGCCAUAGCCGAGCUGGACACACUAAACGAGGAUUCCUAUAAGGACUCCACGCUCAUCAUGCAGCUGCUGCGAGACAACCUCACCCUCUGGACGAGCGACCAGCAGGACGAGGAAGCCGGAGAAGGCAACUGAGCGCCUCGGCCCACCCCCGCCCCGACCCCAUCACCACCGGUCCUUCCUCACCACAGUCAUUAAGUAUCUAGUGCUAAACCUAUCUGUAUGGCAGCACAGCUACUCAGAUCUGCUCUCUGCCCCCGGGAAGCAGUUCCAGAUAAAUUUAUGGGCAUUGCUGGACUGAUGGUUGCUUUGAGCCCACAGGAGCUCCCUUUCUGAAUUGUGCAGACAGGUGCAUUCUGAAGGAGGCAUUUUCCUAUGCCUGCUGAUCUAGGUGAAGUGCAGGCGAAAGCCUCGGGGAAGUUAGGAGAAUUAACCACACAGGCUACAGUUGGUAUUUAAAUGGUCCACUUAAAACCAGCUGCUAGUGUUUUGUUAAAGCAGUACAUCUGUGCAUGCAAAAGUGAAUUCACCCCUCCCACCUCUUUCUUAGCUAAUGGAAAACUGUUAAGGGAAGCUGAUAUGAGAGACCACUUGCUCCUUUCCAUCAGCUUAAUAAUAAACUUUAACGUGAGGUUUCAGUAGCGCCUUGUUUGCCUCUUUAAAUUAUGAUGUGCACAAACCUUCUUUUCAAUGCAAUGCAUCUAAAGUUUUGAUACCUGUAACUUUUUUUUUUUUUGGUUGCGACUGUUUAAGAAUCAUGGAUUUAUUUUUUUGUAACUAUUUGGCUAUUGUCCUUGUGUAUCCUGACAGCGCCAUGUGUGUCAGCCCAUGUCGAUCAAGAUGGGUAAU